AUGCCCCGUGCACGUGUGAGUAGAGGACAGAACGCUGGAGGUAAGUCUUAAAUAGAAUAAAUUGGAUUACAAAGCGUUUUCGUUCAAGAAUAGUUUUUUGAUGACACCUUUUCUUUCAGAGACUUCUCGGAGGAAGAAUCCCCAACGUGCGCGUGCGAAUGGAAAAAAGAACGUGAAAGGUAUCUUCACAUAGUUUAGUUCAACUUAGAGAGAUUAAUCUGAAUUUAACAGCGUUCUUGACCAAACAAUAUUCUCCUGCUGACAGUUGUGCUUUCAGAGACUCCUAAACGUAAGGCGCCGCAACGUCCGCGUGCGAACGCGAGGCAGAACGUGGCUGUGAGAGGUAUUUUCAUUUCAUUAUUUUUCACCCAAUGAGAAUAAUAACUAGAGUUUCGAAACAUUUUCGACUGAAUGUUCACAUUGAUCCAUUCCAAAAGUUGACGCUUUUCUCUUAGAUGACCUGCUCAGAUAAUUUACUGCUGACAGUUGUACUUUUAGAACCCUCUCGACCAGACGUGCCUCAACCGGCGCCGGUGAAUAGAGGACCUUACGAAAACAGAAGAGGUAUGUUUCGUCCAUCCAUUUACAAAAAACGAAAAGAAUUUGAAAACUUUCUUGACCAGAAAAUCCUUUCAGUGUCCACUCCACGAUGGCUGCCCUACCGUGCGCGAUUGAAUCCAAUUCAAGGCGUCAUUGGUAUGUUUCAUUCAUCUAACUUUCCUUCUUCUUUGGAAUUUGUAAAAAACCUGAUCAGAAGAACUUUCAAAAGAACAUCGAUAAGUUCAAACAAAUUUUGAAAAAUAUGUACUUUUCUAAAAGUUUUAAAAAAUUUUGUUCGACGCGUGCAAAAUGAAUUUUUCCAGUCGAGCCGCAAGAUCUCAUACUUCCGCGAUGUCCUCUGCAGCGACGAGGGAUCAAAAUCCGAGCCGAAGCUGUCAGGAUACUCAUUGGCGCGGUCUACAAAAUCCACUUGCUGCGAAAGGAGUAUCUGACUCUGCCAGUGAGCUGCCGCAACUUCGAAACCACCGACUACUUCGAGCGCUACAUGAGCCCCAUGUAUGAAGAUCUGACCGAGGAAACUCGCCAGUAUCCUCUUCCGCAUCUUAUCGAUCCGGAUCAUCCUGACUCUGACGAGAGCAGUGGGGAAGAAGACGAGGAAUACCAGGUGUUCGAAGAAGAAAAAGACGAAGACGAAGAAGAUCGACCUUACUAUCGAGAUGAAGACAACGAAGAGACGGAGGACGAAGCUGAUUACGAUGACUCCGAUUGA